AUGUCCUCCAAGAGCGCCAGGCCACGGAUCCUCGUCCUCGAGCCCUCCACUGGAAACAAAUGGCACGACAGCGAGAGAGAUUUUAGCGUCGACAAUCUGGCCGGUCUACCCAAACAAUGUUAUUUGUUCCUUGAUUUGCAGGACUACCCACCCCCAGAUGGCCGUCGGCAGAAGCUCCUUGCCCACUUCAACGUGCCCGAAUUCGUGGCGAACAGGACAUGCUUCGAGCUGAACGGCUACUUCGGGAGUAAGGCCAACUACGACAGCCCGGGCCCUGAGGCCUCAAAGCAUGUUACCCGCUACACAACCUGGUUCCGAUGUCUGGUAAAGAUGGUCAAGAAAGUGGACGACGGGCCCCAUGAGAAUGGCGCGGAAUAUGUGACGAACAUGAAGAAGGGCUACAAGUGGUUUGAAAUGUCCUUCUUCACGCGCUGGGAGUACCCCAACACAUGCCAGGUCCUAUGUGUCGAUACGCCCCCUGACAUGCGCUCGGAGCUGCAAAAGCUCCUCGAAACGCAAGAUCAGCCCUUGGACUUUCGGGACCCGUUUGCCAUGCAUCCCUGCCUCGUAGACCAGCUGAUUGUCUACACAGAUGUGGCAGUUUGGCGGGUACGAGAUCCUGUACGGCUCCUUGAGAAGACCCGCAUGCGCACCGGCGCCAUAUUUGGCCCCAUCCAUGAGGUGUCCCGCCACGCGAUCCACACCUCGGAGAUUCUCGAAGCGGCCAUCGACACUAUAACAGAGAUGAAACAGCGCCAAGAGGCUGUCCAGCAAAGACUACACGUUGACCUGGGCGAGACGUACAGGGAGCAGGCGAAGGACUACGCCCAAUUCCAGAUCUCGGCGCUCAAGAAUUUGAAGCUGAGAUCUGAUUCGAAUGAGGAGCGGCUCAAGAACGAAAUUGACCUGGCUUUCAAUAACAUGGCUCGCCAGGACAACAGUGUCAUGAAGUCAAUUGCUCUCCUCACCAUGAUAUUCCUCCCGGCCACAUUCAUCUCGGCUAUCUUCAGUACAAGCUUCUUCAACUACGGGGAGGAUGGAAGCUGGCUGGUCUCAGACAAACUGUGGAUUUAUUGGGCCACCACGAUUCCGGCCACCAUCGCCACCGUGGUCCUCUGGCAGAACUGGCUUGCUAAUGGCGAUGCUAUCAAGAAGUUCCUCGAUUGGAUGGUGGGAUGGCCUAAAGCACAGUGGGCAAAGCUGGAGAAAGCCAAGUCGCAUGUUCCGGGAAAGGCCGCGCAUGUAUGA